AUGCUCUGCACAAACAGGGCAGAAGCCUUUGGCUCAAACUCCCAACUAAAUUCCUCUUCCCUCCCCACAACAUGUUUUACAGACGUCGUCCUCAUUCCUCUCCCAACCUGGCUCGCCCUCGUCUUCAUACCCAUCCUCUUUGCUCUAGGACUCCACAACCGCAAAAUUAACUACAACCCAUCCACCGCACAUCUACGCUCCAAUAGCCGCUCCUCAUGGCCUUACCUCAUAUUCCUUAGUAUCUACUACUUCCUCAUCGUUGCCAACAUUAUCAUGCUCACUGUGGAAAUUGUACGAUUAUCAAUGCUUCACUACGGCAUUGGUUUAAUCCCAUUCGCAUACGUCGGACUUCUUCUCUCAGCCUUCUUAUUUUGGAGUGAAGGAAUGCAAGGACGUAUAAAAUGGUGGCAGGGAAUAAACAUGAUAGUUUGGAUAGGAGGCAUUGCGGUGAGUGUUGUGCAAGUCAUUGCAUUAGAGCAGCAAUUUGGAAUCAAUGGGAGUAAGGGGAGUAAAUAUCCUGUUAGCGACCAGAUCCUCGAUAUAGCUGUUAUGGCAGGUGUAUAUGCCGUUAUUGCGCUACUGGAGAUAAUAUUGGUGACGUGGAAGGGGAAAAAAAGGACGACAGCGUUAAGAGAGGAGAGAGGAGAAAUGGGCACGUUUAGUUAUGAGAGGGACGCGAGUGAAAGCCCCAUUAUGAAGGAGUGA